AGUAGCAGCAGCAGCAUCGCCAGAAGCAUGCAGUUCGCGGUUCUCCUGAUCAACGUCAUGUGGGGGGCUGCCCUGGCCUAUCCCAUGAAGAAUAAAUAUGGAAUGCAGAGGAUUAAUGCAGAUUAUUUGGACCUGAGAGGCACGACUAUGGGUGGAAUGCAGUGGCUUAAUGCAGAUUAUUUGGACCUGAGAGGCACGACUAUGGGUGGAAUGCAGAGGAUUAAUGCAGAUUAUUUGGACCUGGGAGGCACGACUAUGGGUGGAAUACAGAGGAAUAAUGCACACUAUUCGGAGCUGGAAGGCACGACUAACGGUGAUAAUCCACUGAGUGAGGAGGACUUUAUUGCAGUAGUGUUGGUGAAACUGCCGAUAUCUGUGCAAGGAAAGCUGAUAGUCAUACCUAAAAAGAAAAUUGAGGACAUAUUAGAUGCUUCAUCAGGGGAGUAA